AUGGGCCCAUUGAAGAGAAACCACACCUCAAGCUCUGAGUUUAUUAUCUUCGGCUUUGGGGACCUGGCUAGGCUGCAGAUCCUCUUUUUUGGACUCUUUCUAAUCGUGCACCUCAUCACCCUAGCAGGACACACAACUGUUGUGCUCAUCACUCUCAUUGACACCUGCCUCCAGACCCCCAUGUAUUUCUUCCUCCGGAACCUGUCCAUCGUUGAAAUUUGCUAUAUAUUAGUCAUUGUCCCCAACAUGCUGGCCAAUUUCCUUUCCAGGAACCAGAAGAUGCCCUUCCUGGGAUGUGCCCUGCAAAUGCAUCUCUUCAUUGCUCUGGGUGGGGCAGAGUGUUUCCUCCUGACUGCAAUGGCCUAUGACCGCUUUGUAGCCAUCUGCAACCCCCUGCGCUAUACACUCAUCAUCACCAGGGCCUUCUGCCUGCAGAUGUUGGCGCUGGCAUGUGUCAGUGGCUUUGCAUUGUCACUUGCCCUCACCACACUGAUAUUCCUCCUGCCCUUCUGUCAGUCCCAUGUGAUCGAUCAUUUUUUCUGUGACAUCCCUGCUGUUCUAUACCUGGCCUGCUCAGACACACAGGUCAAUGAGAUUGCAGUGUUCCUGGUCUGCACAUUCAUCCUGUUGAUUCCCUUCUUGCUGAUCCUGUUCUCCUAUGGAUUCAUUAUCACUGCCAUCCUCAGAAUCCACUCGGCUGAGGGCAGGAGCAAAGCCUUCUCUACCUGUGCAGGCCACCUGCUGGUCUCCCUUCUACACUAUGGCUGUGCAAUAUUCAUCUACAUUCGCCCCAAGUCCUGUUACACGCCAGAACAGGACAAAAUUGUAUCCUUAGUCUAUACGAAUGUAACUCCCAUGCUUUACCCUGUGAUCUAUAGUCUGAGGAACAAGGAAGUCAAGGGAGCCCUCAGGAGACUCCUGGCAAGCCACCGCCGAUGA